ACAUUCGCUCGCAGUUGCUGGAGAAAGAAAGGGACGUGUUCGACGCUGGCAGGGCCGCAGAGCAGCGCGUCCAGACGGGGUAACGGACACCCUGCGAGAGAUGGGCCACGUCGUCCCGAGGGCACGGAGACCGAUCUGAACUGCGUAGCGACGACCCCGGGCUCCGCGCGGUGCUUCUGGACGCUCACAUGCGCGGAGUUAUUUAGCGUCUAAGAUGUGGGAGAUGGUGGCGUUGCCGAGAGCGAGCUCUCCCUUCCCGUCGCCCAGGACAAGAUGGCAGCGAUGCAGGCGAACUGUGCAUGGUGUGGAUUCAUAAAUCCAUAACAUGUCCAGAGGAGCCCUGGAUUACACGCGCAGUGACUCCAUGUGAAGGUAUGGCCUCACAAGUCUUGGUCUACCCACCACACAUUUAUCAAACCCAGACAAGUGCCUUUAGCAGUGUGAAGAAACUCAAAGUUGAGCCGAGCAGCUGUGUGUACCAUGAGAGGGCACACCGGCAGACUUAUCUGAACAGCAGAUCACUUGGCAUCGUGUACCCAACAAAUCAAGCCCACUCAUUUGUGAACCAAGACUUCGCAGUGGGCACGAAAGUGCGUGGACGACGUGAGUACCCGGUGCAGACGGUGGUGGUGCGUGGUGUACAGAGACAACAGCCCAAUAAAAGAGGAGGAGGAGCAGGCCGAGCUGCGGCCCAGCAGCCGCAGACCGCAGGGGUUGUCCACUUGCAGGGCAAGGAGCAGCAGCAGACAGACGCAGCAAGUGGGGGCAGCAGUGGAGCUACAGGGGCAGGAGGAGGGGGAAGGGGAGAGGGCUGCUGUGGAGGAGGUGAGGAAGGUGGAGAGGAGGAGGGUGACAGAGAAGAGGACUGUGGAGGUUUGAACUCAGCCGACAGCUCUCAGCGAUGUGGGCUGAAACGUAAAAGUGAGGAGCUCGAUAACCGAGGGAGCACCAUGCAGAUUGUGGAAGAACUGUCAAUGUUGCCUGCCAUGUUGCAAACGACGAAUGUGGGGAAUGCAGCCGUGACUGCGCCCGCAACAGUGGGGGCUGGAGGGGGUCCCUCCAAACAGGGUGCAGCAGGAGGGACGGGAGGAGGGGAUGGCGACUAUCAGGUGGUACAGCAUGAAGUCCUUUGUUCUAUGAAGAAUACUUAUGAAGUGCUGGAUUUCUUGGGACGUGGCACAUUCGGCCAGGUUGUAAAGUGUUGGAAAAGGGGCACGGGUGAAUUGGUGGCUGUGAAAAUCCUGAAGAACCACCCUUCAUAUGCACGGCAGGGUCAAAUUGAAGUCGGCAUCCUUGCUCGUCUGAGCGGGGAGAACGCAGAGGAGCACAACCUGGUGCGGGCCUUUGAAUGCUUCCAGCACCGCAGUCACACCUGCCUGGUGUUUGAGAUGCUUGAGCAGAACCUGUACGAUUUCCUGAAGCAGAACAAGUUCAGCCCCCUGUCCCUGAAAGUGAUCAGACCUGUGCUGCAGCAGGUGGCUACAGCUCUGAAAAAGCUGAAGAGUAUGGGUCUAAUUCAUGCAGACCUCAAGCCAGAGAACAUAAUGCUGGUGGACCCAGUGAGGCAACCCUACAAAGUGAAGGUGAUCGACUUUGGCUCCGCCAGUCACGUGUCCAAAGCAGUGUGCUCCACUUACCUCCAGUCUCGGUACUAUAGGGCUCCAGAGAUUAUUUUGGGAUUGCCGUUUUGUGAAGCCAUAGACACAUGGUCCCUUGGCUGUGUGAUAGCUGAACUUUUUCUGGGCUGGCCCCUUUACCCUGGGGCCCUGGAGUAUGACCAGAUUCGCUACAUCUCUCAGACACAAGGUUUGCCAGGAGAGCAUUUAUUGAAUGUGGGAACAAAGACGGCGCGGUUCUUUUGCAGAGAGUCUGAGUCACCUUAUGCAGCAUGGAGACUAAAGUCCACAGAUGAGCACGAGACGGAGACGGGAAUGAAGUCAAAGGAAGCAAGAAAGUACAUCUUCAGCUGUUUGGAUGACAUAGCGCACGUGAACUUGGUGAUGAAUCUGGAAGGUAGUGACUUGCUAGCAGAGAAAGCAGACCGCCGGGAGUUUGUGGGCCUGCUGAAGAAGAUGCUGUUGAUUGAUGCUGAGGAGAGGAUCGCCCCCACCGAAGCUCUCAGCCACCCCUUUGUGACAAUGCAACACCUGCUCGAUUUUCCCCACAGCAACCAUGUUAAGUCGUGUUUCCACAUCAUGGAUGUUUGCUGGACUCGUCCCAGUGCAUAUGAGGCGGCCAACAGAAGUAAAGGUCCUUUUGUCAGACCUGUGAACACAACUGCUGCCGCCUCAGUCAACCAUCCCUUCAGCAAGAUGAGCGGCGUCCACGCUCAAGGGUUAGCCCCAUCCGCCCCCUCAGUGAUGCACCCUGGGAUAACACUGCAAACAGGAAGUGGUCAGUUUGGAUGUAACGAUUCAUUUCAGCAGGCACUCAUUCUGUGUCCCCCAUCCAUUCAAGGAAUCCCCACCAACACAGCUAAACCAGCAGGCUACUCUGUGCGGAUGGAGACUUCUGUGCCUCUGGUCACUCAAGCACCCCCCAUCCAGCCCAUACAAAUCAGACCCGGUGUCAUCACACAGGCCUGGUCUAAUCGUGCACAGCAGAUCUUGGUGCCCACUUGGCAGCAGGUGACAUCAGUGCCCCCACCACCAACCACCUUGGCAUCCGACACUGUGGCGGGCUCACAGAGACUGGGUGACUGGGGGAAAGUGCGUCCCCAUGGCAACCAUUACAGCUCCAUGAUCGCACACCCUCAGCCAUUCUUAACCAACCAAAUGACCAUGUCCACCCACCAGCCAAUCAACAUAGGCAUCGCACAUGUGGUGUGGCCGCAGCCGACUGCCAACAAGAGAGCUAGGCCUUGUGUGAACAGGGGCAGCAACUUCUCCCAAAACACGAACAUCCAAAAUUUAGCAUGCCAGUCCCCAAAGAUGGCUGAUACAGCAAAGAAUGUGGUGGAGGUCGCGGAGGAGAAAGCCAGGUGCCCAGAGGAAGGGCACGCUGUCAGACAGGAGCAAGGAACAGAGCAGGUGGACGAGGAUGAUGAGAACUGCUGCAAAGUGGAGCCAGACUGUGAGGAGCUUUCAGUGUCACAGGAGCAGCGGCAGGCCAUGGUGAUCUCUGACCUGGCCAGCCCAACUGUUAGUGUCAUCAGUAUCAGCAGUGAUGAGGAGGAGAGCACACAAAGACACUCGGUGGGCGAAUGUAAGGGCAGUGCAGAUUGUGAGGCGUGUCAGAGCACUGUCAGUAUGGAGAGAGUGUGCUCCCUCAGCAGUCCAGACAGCACGCUCAGCACCAGCUCUUCAGCCUCAGCCCAGUCCAGCGCGUCACCUUGCAAACACCCCAACAGUAUGUCAGACGACGAACAGGAGAGCGGUUGUGACAUAGUGGACAGCUCGCCUGCCUCAGACUCCUCCGGCCAUGAUAAUAGUCCUUUCACUGAGCGACGCUACAUUGCCGACAGCAUCCAGAACGGCGAGCCGCGUGUUGCGUGUGUUGCCCCGGAGACCGAGCCCGGCAGGCCAACAGUUCGUACGGUCGUGGUGCCUCCAAUGAGGGUGCAAACCAACAUCAACAACACAGCUGUCAGUGAAAGACUUGGCUACACAGAUCACAUGGCCUGGGAUUACACUGUUUUAGUAGGCCACAGAGGUUCUCACAGUCUUCGAGUCUUCGUGCCAGUCCAGAGGGCGAGGCAUUCCUGGGCGACAACAUCACCACUCCACUCCCCUCCUCAACAGGCAGCAGAAGAUCAAUGCUGCAUUCCAGCCCCACCAACAGCAGCCUUUAGGUUUUGGGCAGGUGCAGCAUUUUGGUUCCUGCCACCAGGAAUGGAACGGCAACUUUGCCCAUCGGAGACCACAGGCCUAUAUCCCUCCCACCAUGCAUGGGCACACGUUCACCCUGUCCCACAACAGCCCGAACCACACUACCGGCCCCCACCCCCACCCCCACCCCCACCUUGGGGGCCACCCGCGCUCCCAGCCCACCUUAUUGUCCUACCCCCCGUCUGGUCCUCUGGUCACAGCUGCACCCGUGGCCCACCUCCUGGCUUCCCCAGGAGCCUCUCGCCCCGUCCUCCAGCCCACCUACAGCAUCUCCCACCCGGCAGGCAUCGUGCAUCAGGUCACGGUGGGCAUCAACCCCCGGCUGCUACCCUCCCCCACCUUGCACCCCCAGGGCCAAUUCAAGCCCCUAUUUCCCCCGCACUCCUACAUUGCCUCGCCCGCCUACGCCAGUUUCCCUCUCAGCCCCACCAAAAUAAACCAGUACCCUUACAUUUGAGCAUGUUUGCCCUGGUCCCCUUCAUACCACCUGAGGGCUGAGUUAGCAGGGCAAAUUCUAUCUUCAACCACAAACAGCAUGGUUUUUUAUUUCAGAAACCAUGGCACAACCACAGAGAAAGCAAGCUAUUUUUUUGAAUCAUGUAGACGUGGGUGUAAUUGAACUUCAAGCUUUAAAAUAAGAGUUCCAAUGGUGGAAAUGAUUUGGGCAAAAAAAAAUUUAGAAGGAAAUAUGGUAUGAAUGGCUGAAUGAAAGAAUGAAUGGGUAGUUAAACUCACACUUAAUGUGUUUUGCACAUUUGAUAUAUCUUUGCAUUGGAUCUUCUACAAAUACUCCUCAAAACAGGUAAAUAAUUGGGGUGAUGUUGAAUAGUUAGACUUUGCACCCCUGAUCCCAGCUAUUUUUCUAUAUUGCCUUCUUACAUGUGCAAGACACAUCCAUAUUUGUAAAGCCAUCCCAGUCUCUAGCUCUAGAUUGACAGAUGCACAUGUUGUCCACGGUGUAUGUCGUACUGCGUUUGAAGUAUUUGUACCUUUUCGGUGUCUCUUGGUGUUAGCAAUGUCAAGUCAGUUAACCAAUUUACAUAGGGUUGUUCCUCAAGCUGCAUGUGGUCUUGCAUGAGCAAAAAUGUAAACGGAAAGACGCGUAGACGUUGCUCUUAUUGUUUGUGUCACAAGACUCGCUGCAUUGUAUAACUGUCCCCAGCCAUAGUGCCUUACAUAUUUGAGGUUGUUAAUGUUACUACUUAUAUAUGACUAUAUACAUGAUUAUUAAUGUACUGGACUGCAGCACUUGAAAUUCCAAUCGGUCGAUGCAUUCUAUGUGUGAGUAUAUAUAUGCACAUGUGUAUAUGUCCAUGCAUAGCCUGCAUAGAUGUGAUGUAUCGCGGAUAGCGGUGCUUACUUUUCGGAGUCGGUGUAUAUUUCAGUGUGUAGUAAGUAACCUUUCUGUUCUUUUAAGAAGAAUGGCAUGCUUUGCUGUCGCGAAUGCUUGCUGUUUCAUUAACAAAAAAAACAUUCGUUUUUUUCCCCCCCGGUUCCCCCUUUUCCCGAAUGAACUAGUGUACAAAGUGCAAGUACUGAGUAUUGCUUAAUAUUUGAUAAUCACUUUCUAUUUAGUGAAACUCUUAUUACUAACAGUAUUUGUACUGUUUGAUGAAACUGCAAUACAAUCUAAAUAGUCAUUAAUUAUAAUUGUUUUCUUUUUUCGUCUUCGUACUUUCAUUUUGAGUGUUUUCACUUUGUUUCAUAGAUGUUUAGAAGUGUGGUGGGCAUGGCUUUGACUAGGUAAGGAGGAAAAUGCAAAUUAAUGGUAUGGAAUUUUCUAAGCCUGAGCAAACCAUGCAGUAUUUGAUAAACACACAUAUAUGGACAUAUAUUAUAGAGCUAGACUAUUUAGUACAGAUGCUUGGUAAGGUGUGAGUUAAUUGUGUGCAAUUCUCUCAUUUAUGCAUGUGUGACAAAGUUAACUUUUUCCCUUUACAUUAUACCAUUUGUUAAAGGCUUAAGGCUUAUCGGUGUCAACUGCUUAUUUCAUACAUUCCGUCAGGGAGGAUAUAUACAUAUAUAUGACGGUAGCACCAGUCUAUAUAUAUGUAGAUAUGCUAUGUGUGCGUUUUUUUCUGUUUAUUUUACUAGUUGUGUGUAAAAAAAAGAUUUUGUCUUUAAUUUUCAAAUGAAGUUGCUUGUGCAGCACCAAAGACUGUAAUUCAUUUCCUGAGCAAGGUAGCUAUUCUGUUUGCAUAGACCUCAGUUAUACUAUAGUUAUAGAGAGGGGUUAAAUUAAAACAAACAAACAAACAAAAAAAAAAAAAUAUUUGUAUUUAAAAAACGGCUGAGGUUUUGUCUAGCUUAUUGGGCAAUUAAUAAGUCGUAUCAUUUCUUUCUUGAAUGUAUCAUAGAUAAGCUGCUAUAUGAUGAUUGCCACUUCAAUAGCUGUGAAAUUAGGUGAUUUUUCUGAGUUUAAAACUAGCGUUGCUAUUUUUGUAUAGGUCCCUAAUUAUCUGAAAUAGAAGUGGUUUUGAUUUUUGUGUUUUGCGUUCAUAUUUGGAGUGUCAUUGUAACUACUGUAUUGCUGAUGAUGAACAUUAGUUGCAUUUGUUGUUUCUCGGGGUGUGUGUUUUUGCAUCAGUAUUUUAUCCUUAUUAACCUUUUGGGCUCAUCACUGCAUAUAAAUGAUGUAUCGAUGUAACUUAAUUUUUUGUAUGUUUUCAUAUUGGUGUUUUGUACACAUCUGAAGCUGUAGCUUGCAGGAUUGAUUUAACUUUUUCAUUGUGCGUACACAAUAUAAUACCAGUACUCUUUAGUGUGUUACAGGAGCACUGUGAGAUGCCAGAAGAAAAAGAAAAAAAAAAUCAUUGUGAUCAUUGAAAAGCUUCAGUAACGUUUCCACCAAUCCCUCACAAACACACUCACCUCCUAGCACUCAUACAGGUAGUACGGCUUGUUAGGGUUUGGGUGAUUAAGCUGUGUCCAAAAAUAAAUUCAGCCCGAUGUCUCUGUUCCAAAAUAAUGAUUUACAACUUGUUUUACUGUUAAAUUGAUUUUAACCACGAUUUGUUGCAACUUUUUUUUUUAAUCUGUUCAAUGUUACAUCUGGCUAGAAUAUCAGUUUUCACAGUUUAUUGUUCUAAACUGCCUUCUGUUCGGAUCGCUCUCCCCUUUACGAGUGUCUCAUUUCAAAAUGAUGUUUUGUCGAUGCAAAACCGUGGCCAUUGUUUUGUGUUUCCUUACUGAAGUUGAGACAGUGUGAGCAGCACUGUGUAUGUGCCUUGAGAUUCAGAAAGUGAGGGUGAUUCCUCACCGCUUCAUUGGAGGAGGAAGGCAUAGAGUCCAAUUAAAGUCCUGUACCAUGUAGACAGACCUUUUAACGGCCACUCAACCAAGAUUAAAAAAAUAAUAAUAAUAAAACAUAAAAUCGGACUGCAUAACAAUGUCAUUCCUGGGACUUGUACUCUCCGCCGAUGGGCUUGUAGACACGACAGAGGACAUGCAGUGGUGGUGCUUCUCUUGUUACAAAUGGCUGCCACCAAAGUCUCUUUGAGAUAACACUCUCGAUAUGACACUCGAUGAUCCUUUGGAUAGUCACUCUGGCUGAGCAGCAGAUGCAAUACUUUACAUUGUGCGGUCAUUGCACCACCAAGUGUUCUUAGAUAAUCUCCAUGCUUUAACAUUACCUUGCGUGUUACACCUGAGUUGCUUCACGUUGUCUGCCUAGAGGCUGUCUGCUCAUAGCUGCUUCUCCCACCGUGCAAGUUAAAGCUUAGCGGGACUUACCAGGGCACAGUUGUGACAACACUGGCUUUUUUAAAAUCAGAGGAGCCAUGUUUUAGAUCCGGGGUCAGUCGACCUGGAUGUUUGUAUGUUCUGGAUGGAAACUGCUCUGUCAAGGAGAUUAUCGUGGUUUCUCUGCACAGUCAGUCAUGAGUGCAAUACUCCCCGUUUAAACACUGACGAUGAUGUGGUUGUGUUGUUGUUUUCUUUUCCUCUUCUUUUUGUGAUAUCUUUUUUUCUUUUCUUGCCUGUAUGCUUUACUGAUCAUACUCCAGUAUCAUGUUUGGGAAAGAAGGCUUAUGACGUCAAGGCAUGAACUUGGCAGGUUAGUGCUCGAAAUAGUUCCCCAAUAAUAGGCAUGUGAAAUGUAAUCUGUGUUUUGAUUCCUCUAAAGGUAUUCACCAGCAAUGCGCCUGCAUAAACUCUCCACUUGUUUAGGAAAAGGAUGGAAGCAAGAGAAGAGAAAUCUUAAAACUGUAUUUGAUUUUUUUUUCUUUUCCCCCACACACAAUUGACACCUUGGUUUAUGGCGAACUUUUUCUUUAUUGAGGAUUAAUGUAACAUUUAACAGAUAAAACAUUUGUAUAAUUAUUGCGUUUAAAGUUAUGACUUUGAUAUCAGAAGAAGAAAAAAUCCUCUGCUGCGCUAUUAUCCUUUUAGAGAUGUUAAUUCAGGGUCUGUAUUAUUCUAAAUGUGUUGCUGUGUUACGCUAUGAUUUGAUUAGAUCAGGUUUGGUUUACUCAAACUCUUAUUUUCAGUUUUCUGGUCAUCUUAUCAAUUUCAGAGUUAAUUCACACUGCAAGUUAUGGAAUCGUCUGUUUAGAUUUUGCUCAUCAGAAAUGAUUAUGAAAUCUGAACUGUUACUGUUUAUACCUGUAGAUUUUUUUGUGGCUUUUUUUGUUUCCUUGUUUUUGUUUCAUUAGCUUUUUAUUUUGUGCUACACUAGUUUGCCAUGUAGCAAUUGCACUGUGCAAUAUUUACAGUAUGAGGACUGGGAAAACUAACCCAAUGGAUGUGAUGUCUCUUUACAGUUUGCGAUAGUGUUUCCUCUCUAGUUCUCAGUGAUUUAGGUGUGACCAAGCCUUCUCUACUUUGUCACAUUAAGCGGGUUUUCCAGGUGACUCUUUUGGUGAGUGUCAAAAUAAGACUUUAUGGUGUAUUAUUGUUAAGAUUCACUUUGAAUUAAAAAAAAUCUAUUGAUGCA